AUGGCUGAUGGACCAGCUCAUGGGUCACAGUCGUCCUCGCUGUCCUCGCUGACGCCGUCUCCAGACCGCGCGAGCUCUGGGUCGCCCAGCAGGAAGCGACCUCGACUCUCAUCAACCUCGCCACCCUCGCCCGCGCUGGACAUCGCGCAGAGCCCGGCAAAGCGAGCCAGCGGGUCACUGAGGGCACAGGAGACUUAUGGCGAGCUGCUGCAGGGGCUGGACGAUGAAGACUUUCGCAUGCUACCCAGUUCGGACCCGAGGGGACGGGGGCUCGAGGACGAGGAUGAUGAGGGAGACGCUGAGGGAGGCUCAGGCGAGCUCGCAGACGGCGUCAUUGGAAAAGGCGAGGCGAGUGAGGGCGCGGACGAUUCGGGAGUGGGCCUUCUGCCCGACGUCGAGCGGUCCAGGGACGUUGAAGAGGGUGUCGAGGCGGAGCCGCCGGACGUGGACGAGGUUGAAGAUGCAGAAUUCGAGGGCGACGACAUGUGGCUCGGUUUCGACGAUGCCGAUGUCGGCUUCGACCAGCCAGACACCUUUCCCAGCUCCGCCUUUUCCGCCCUCCAUCCUCCUUCCGACAGACUCGAUGGCGCGACCGCCGAUGGCGACGCACACGAUGCCGCUUUCACCGAGCCAUCCGAGCCGCGAUUGAGCGACUUCGGCUUCGCCAGCGUCAACUCGCUGGCAGGCGGAAUAGGCGGCUUCGUGUUUGCGACGAGGAAACCGCUCGUGGUCUCCGAACAGGCGAUGCAGCGCAUGAAGGCCAUGCUCGAUGCCGAAGAUCACCCAGCAGACUCGCCCUCUCGCCCGGCCGACCGUCAGCAGCCAGUCGCACGAACGAAGACUCCCCUUGCGCGACCCCUUCCUCUUCACCAGCCGACCCUUCCUUCGGCAGCCGUACCACCCACUGCAGCAUCAAUCGGCUCAACACUCGAAGCGCUCGGCGGCUUCGCGACAGCGGGUGGGACUGCCGUUGCUGCUCCUUCCGCCGACGCCUUCGCCCUUGCCCAGCAACGCCUGCAGGGCAGCUCGUCUCCCGCACCGGCGGCUGCCUUCGCUUCUGCCAGUACGACGGCUCUCUCCGCCGCCCCGGCUUUCCUCGGCUUUCAGAACGCCGCAGGCCGCAGUAUCGACAUGCCGAGCGAAGAAGCGAUGCAGCGAGCGCGAGCACACCUCGAUGCGCCGAGCUCGUCACCGCCGCCGGGAAGUGCGCCGACUCGCGUAAUGCGGCCUCUGCGGCCGAAGGCAAGACUCCCCGCACCGACGAGAGAUGUCUUCGAGGCGCCCCCUGCGGGCGGUCGCGGAUCCUUCACGGCGGGACAGCCGACUUUCGCCCUUCCGCCGCCUGCCUCGCGUGCUCCGUCGCCGAUACCGGUCGAGCGGACUGGCGCCGCGAUGGCGCUGGACACGCCGACGGCUCUGCGUGUGCGGCAGGCGAGUGCCAAGUCGAGUGCCUCAGACGACGGCGGUCUUGCGGCGGGGCGGCGGACGCCCCUCAUUCCGCUCAUCAACGGCGGUGAGAAGGACGGAAUGCAGGCGAAGGAGUGCGCGGCGGAAAAGGACGCUGAGACGGCUUCAAGCGAGACGAUGCGUUCGUCAAAGUCGCCGACUCCUCCUGCCGAACGCGCCAGCGCGGCAUCCUCCGAUGCCAUUCAGCCCACUGCUGGUCCUGUGCCCGUCGCGCAACAGGCGCGACGACCUCCCGUCGCGCCCGGAGCCGUCUAUCCCGCGCCAUCACGACCAGGGUCGUUCCGCCCCCCGCUUCUCUCGCAUACCGCUACUCCCGCUCGCCGUCCCCAUUCCGCUUACACGCCCCUUCACCCAUCGCGCCUCGUCUCUCCCGCCUCCGUCGUCAGCUCGUCCACGCCCAACCCUCUCCUCUCCCAACAACGUCGCCUCAACUUCGGCAUGACACCCCUCCGCAAACCGCACCAUCUCGCCAACACUCGCACUGCGACGCCCGGAUCGGGAGCGGGUGGGAAGGGGUUCAAGACGCCUUGGAAGGACGGGAAGCGACCCGAGGGCUUGACGCCGAUGGGACUGAAGGACAAGCUGGCGGCGCAAAAGGCGAGCGUGAGGAAGAUGGAUACGAGCGCGAAGCGCUCGGGCGACAAGAAGACGAGCCGGCUGAGUGAGGCGGACCUGGCGAAGCGCGAGAAGGCGAAGGUGUUUGACCUUGAAGCACCUCUCGACUUCGAACGCUACGACUUGACCUUUGGCAUGCGGCCGCAGACGCACUACUACGAGGCGCUGCAGGAAAUCGGAAUUCCUGACGCAGUUCUCGACAUGGACUCGACGUCGGGCGCCUCGUACACCUUUCCGUGCGGUCGCGGCGUCGCGGAUGCCUUUUCGACCCUGCAGGCGCUGGUCGCCGAGCGGAUGCCCGAAGAGAAGGACUUGGUGACGCUGCCAUGGGUCAAGAACCAUUGGUCGCUCGUUCUGUGGAAGCUGGCGAGUUAUGUCCGGUCGAGGCCGGACUUGCUCGACGAAUGGUGGUCGUUCGAGCGCGUGAUGAACCAGCUACGCUACCGCUACGAACGCGAAGUCAACCGCGCAGAGCGGUCCGCCAUCAAGCGGAUCCAGGAGCAAGACUCGCCAGCAUCGCUUCCGAUGGUGCUCUGCGUCUCGCAGAUCCGCUGGGACGAACCGUCCGACGAUAGCGGCGCCGACCCCGACACGCUCGUCAUCGUCGGCCUCGAGCUCACGGACGGCUGGUACCGCAUUCGCACGAACGUCGACCGGACCCUCAAGAGUGCAUGCGAGAGGGGCAAGAUUGUCGUCGGCAGCAAGAUCGCGGUCAUGGGUGCUAAACUCGACAGCUCGAAGGACGAAGGUUCGGACGUCCUGCAAGCUCUCGGUCGAUCUACCCUUAUGAUCACCGGCAAUUCGACCUCGCUCGCUCCCUGGCACGCCAAACUUGGCUUCCGCCCGGAGCCGUUCAUCGCCAGUCUCGCCAGCAUCAGUCCCGCCGGCGGCCUUGUUCCCCUGCUCGACAUCUACGUCGACCGGGUUUUCCCCCGUGGCUACACCGAGCUGCGCAAGGGUCGGUCAGGCGAGAACUGGGGCGAAGAGGAGGAAGCGGCACGAGCGAAGGAGUGGGAGCGCGGCCGCAAGCGAAUUGAGGCGAAGAUGACCGAUGAGCUUGAGAAGGCCGGUGUCGAGGAAGACGAGCUCGUCGAGCUGCUCCGCGAAGCAGUCGGACGGUACGACGCAGCGCCGACUUCCGCUUCCCUCAACGAGGAGCCCGACGAGAUCCUCGACCGCCUCGAAUCGGCGCCGAACAAGCAGGCCAUCAUCCGCAAGCUUACUGCGCAACAAGUGCAAGCCUGCUUCGCCCUCGCACAGGAGAACGCACAGGCGUCGCGCUACCGUGCCGUCGAGGACUUGCAGAAGGAGCUCGCGGACAAGUACCCGCCUCGUCAAGUCCGCUGCUUCCGCGUAUUGCGCAUUUCUGACGCUCGCGAGGGGACGAAGAGCGUCAAGCGGACGGCCCAGCUCACGGUCUGGGACGCCGAGACAUUCGACGCGGACUUCUUCCGUGAGGGUCAGCGCUUCAUGCUCAGCAACACUUUACCAAAAGGCAGCUGGAAACCCAAAGACUCGGAAAUCGGUCUCGCAACCCGGAGGGACUCUCGCUGGCGCAGGAUCUAG